AUUAAUAUGUGAUUAUGUUUUUACAUGGAAUUCUGUCCUCAGAUUGCAAUGCGAUUAAAAUAGAAGGUUGACGUCGCGUGUAGCGACGCCAAUGUGCAUACUUCAGUGUCCCAUCGUUGUGUUUUUCUUUUUACUUUAUCGCUAUACUUUAGUAUCUUCCAUUGCAAUAUCGCAGCGUUACAAAACGUCCUUUUUAGUUGGAGCAGCUGCUCCAAGGGUCACUAGACAGCAUUUUUAUGGCUCCAUUCCUCUAGUUCAUGUAUCUCGGUGCCAUGAUACCAUGUCAAUGGAAGACGCUGACAUUUCAGGGCGGUCACAUGACCGUCCUUUGGUUCAAAUCGCACCUAUGUUAGAUAUUACUUAUUAUGAGUUUAGGCAAUUCAUGCGUUUGAUUACUAAGAGGGCCCAGUUAUGGACGGAGAUGAUGGCUGACGGAUCGUUAAUAUACGGUGAUUCUGAUAAAGUCGGCAGUAUGCUGCACUGUGAUGCCAAUGAGCAUCCCAUAGUAUUGCAACUGGGUGGUAACAAUUUGGAUAGUUUGUCUAAGGCUGGCAAUAUAGCCCUUGGGUAUGGCUAUACCGAAUUCAAUUUAAAUGUUGGUUGUCCUUCUACUCGUGUUUCUGGUAAAGGCUGUUUCGGUGCUGCUUUAAUGAAUGACGCUCCUCUUGUUGGUCGUAUAGUUAAGCACCUCCGUUCAGAGUUGGGUACUCCUGUUACUGUGAAGCAUAGGCUUGGUGUUGAUCACAAUGACAGUUAUGAAUUUGUUCGUGAUUUCAUUUCAACCGUUGCUGAUCAAGGUUGUACAGAUUUUAUAGUCCAUGCUCGUAAAGCAUGGCUCAAUGGCAUAAACCCUAGGAAGAAUCGAUCUAUUCCUCCAUUGGAUCAUGAGCGUGUCUAUAGGUUAUGUCAGGAAUUCCCUAAUCUCAACAUUUCAAUAAAUGGCGGAAUCAAGUCCUUGGAAGAGAUAAAAUACGCUUUGAGUCGCGGUGUUUACGGUGUGAUGGUGGGUCGCAUGGCUUAUGAGAACCCGUGUGGGUUAGUUCGUGUUGAUACUGAUAUUUACGGUGAAGCUACCAAUCCAGCAACUUGCAAGACUCGUCGUAUUCUUUUGGAAACCUAUGCCAACUUUAUAGAUUCCCAAGCUUCGCGCACUAGUGAUAUGAAUGUCUGUAUGUUGGUAAAGCCCAUAUUAGGUACAUUCCACGGUGAGGUCGGUACCAAAAUAUUUCGCCAGGCGCUUUCUGACAUGAACGUGUAUGAGACCUUGGACUAUCCGAGGAGUGGCACCAAAUGUGGUCACUAUAUACGCCGUGCAAUUGCGAUAAUGGAUGAGGUGAACCCUGAGGCGUUAGACCGCCCUUUGCACUGACAUUACUAUGUUCAAUUCACGAAAUACCAUAUAUC